CUCAUAUAAUAUGGGUUACUUGAGUUGGAUGUUGAAACAUUCAAGAGCUUGUUCUAUCUGAAAGCCGUCAGGCUCUGAUGAGAUGAAGUUAGUGUUUCAGUUCGUUAUCUGAACUGUGAAGUUUUUUCACAGAAAAUGGCCCAUUCAAGGAAAAAACGAACACGAACAUGGAGAAAUAUAAAAAAAACAACAUCUCAGUUGCCGCCGACAACAACAAAUUCAACACCGCUGAAACCCACUGCCGUUAUUAAAAGUUUUGUCAGUUGUUCUGUGCAGACUGAGGAUGAAAUGCCAACCUCAAGAAGGAAACAAGCCAUUCUUCAAGAUUUGGAAUCAGUUUCAAGGAUCACCCAUUUACCAAUCGUUGAAUCAGCAUGGCAUUACGCAGAAAACAUUUAUUCAAAAAUUAAGGGAGCGAAUUCUUUGAUUCACUGGACAUUGGAUACAGCUGAGUUAUCUGCACAAUCUGUUUUGGAAACUGCAUCCCCUGCAAUAAUUCUCUUGCAUGGUCCCAUUUCAUCUCUUGACAAAGUGGUGUGUAAGAGUCUUGAUAUUGUAGAGCAAGCGGUUCCUUCGAUAAAUUUACCACCGGAAAUGAUAUAUUAUAAUACAAAACAAUACGUAACAGAGGUGAGUACAAAACUAGCCCAGCCAGUUUUAAAGAGGGCCGAUUCAGUAAAACAAAUUGGAAACACAGUUCUGGCAAGUAAAUAUACUGCUUUUGCUGCAAAUACUUUGGACGAUGCUCUGGAUGUGGCUGAAAAAUAUGUUGAUAAAUAUCUGCCUGAUGAUGAAGAUGAUCAAACAAUUAACGACAAUCAUGGGCCCAUCAACGGACCAAGAGAUAAGGCAAUACAAACAAUACAUCACGUAGAUCGGUUUUCUAGAAAAUUGAGAAGAAGAUUAACCCACAGGACAAUAGCGGAAGUUGAGGCAUUAAAACACCAGAGUGCUGAAGCUGUUCAUGUUCUUAUCUAUGUUGUAGAACUGGUCACAACAGAUCCGGUUUUGGCAUUCAAAAAAGGAAAAGAGCUUUGGGUCGACCUCAGUAAAGAUGAACCCGAAAAUCAAGCCAGACCCGACAAUUUGGAACAGUUGAUUGUUUUGUUGACAAGAGAAUCAGCUAGAAGGGUUGUUCAUCUCGUCAAUUUUACUGGAGACGUACUCAGCAGACUUCCCAAAAGAGUUUCACGUUCUAUCAAUUUCCUCGUGAAAAUGUCUUUAUAUCUUACUGAUUCGGUAGCAAAAGCCCUUAAAAUGAGCUACAUUUCGAUAAAAGGUUCUCAAGAUUUUGGGGUGCAGAGCUCUGAUGCUGCCCCUGUAAGUGUGAAAAAGUUGCAAGUGCGUAAAGAAGUACAUGUAAGGACAUGUACUUGUAGCAAUACGUACAAGGGUAGGUACGUAUAUAAUUGCCAAAAUUUGUUUUCCCCUCUUCACUGACUUCGUAGAUGUUAA